AGAACCGAAAAAGCUGGUCUCUUGGAGUAGACGGGGUGUAAAUCUGCUCACUUAAAAAAAAGCUGGCAGGGUGGCUAGCUAUAUGAAAGCAUAGCCUAUAGAAUAACGUUAGCUACCUAACUGAAUUACUAGCUGUAAUUUUCUCAGUUGGGUAGGCCAGGUUGUUUAAAAUGGGUGGUUAGGUAAGUUAAGUUUUGCAUUCAUUUAACCUAGCUAGCUGGCUAUAUGCAACCUUAUUGGCAAAAUAACCUGAUCAUUGAUACUUUCAGUGUUUUAUAUUCUCUUUGGGGUUAGCUUUAGCUGGCUUAGCUGGUUUACAAGAAAACAAAACACUGCAUGGGCUCCAGCAUGAUAUUACUAUCAUGCUAAAAAUAAUAGCAAGCUAACUAAGUUAGCGUUACGAUAAACUCCAGCCAUUGAGUUCAUGAUUAGCUAACGUUACACUUGACGAGCCAGCAAGUGUAAGUUCAACACUAUUAGGUAUCUAACGCUAACUCGGAGUUGCAACGUAAUUAACUAAUAUAGGAGUCAUGAAUGGUAGCUAGUUCAAGAUUGCAAGCCCCGGACAAUAACGUUUCCCCAUGGAACACAAACCCGAGAGUCCGCCUCGGAGCAUGGUGCGCUGCGGUUAAGCCUCCCCCUUCUGCGCUCGGCGGAGACCGGCUCCAGGAGGAAUGCUGUUCUCCAGCGGGACCAGUCGCCCGCUACCCAGGCUCCGCACGAGACGCCGCGCCUGCUGAGGGAUUCUGCCGUCUCUCGCCCGGGACUCGGUCGUCCGGCGGCCCACGAUGGACGAUUUCGCCACCCGGACAUAUGGCACCAGCGGACUGGAUAACAGGCCCCUGUUCGGAGAAACGUCCGCCAGGGAUCGAAUCAUCAACCUUGUAGUUGGUGGGCUAACAUCUUUACUCGUUGUAGUAACCGUUAUUAGUUCGUUUGUCUUUCCGACAUUACCUCCAAAACCUUUAAAUAUCUUCUUGGCCAUCUGUAUCAUCUUGAUUUGUGCUGCAGUCAUGGUACUAAUAUUCUGGUAUCGACAAGGAGACUUGGAGCCGAAAUUCCGAAACCUGAUAUACUACAUUUUAUGCUCAGUUGUCCUGCUGUGUAUAUGUGCCAACCUGUAUUUUCAUGAUGUGGGGAGAUAAAAGUUAGCUACACGUAUGCCUUAUGAAACAAUUAAUAAAAAUCUGUUCUUUGUGAAUCUGUUGUACCUAAAGCACAAAGAAUGUUGUCGUCGUCCUUGUAGUUAAAUUGUGUGUCCACCAUUUAACCAAACAAAGAUCAUUAUCCAGAAUGAUGUUAGCCUGCAGUUAAGCAGUUUUCUGCAUACAAUUCAGGGAUUGGAAGAAGCGGUUUUCAUCUCAUAGAGAAGUUAGGCUGCGUUUACUUUGAGCGGUGAAACAUCAUCUUAUCUGUCAGGAUGGGCCACAUUUCUCGACCUUUACAUUUAGUGCUGCAAUUAGCCAGUCUGCUAGUCAGUAUUGACAGUUAAACUAAGGAAUGUCAUAUUUCCGAUGCCAAUAUAAUCUGUCCUGAUAUAUAUGCAAAGUAAUGAUGGCUCUGUUCGAGUCAGCAAGUUGGUAGUGCUGUUGUUUGGUUACAAUAUGCAAAACAAGUGUAACCAAGACCAGGAAAUGUGGGGCAGCAAGACUUCAGCUAUUUAUUUAAGUCAUGUAUACAAUAUGUAUAUAAAAGCACAAAGUGUGUAUUCCGAACUUGCAGAUAGCUUUUUCAGUGGCAUAUUUGUACUUUUUUUGUUUACAUGACUCUCGUUAAAGCACUUGAAUGAAGAUGUGAAGGUGAAGAUCUUCUGUGAGUGCCAGCUGCAUGCAUCCUCCUGUGCUGUCCAUGCCCUUGUUUGUGAUGGUGGCUCUGACUGUCGGUGAGGCUCAUAAGAUCCGCCAUUGUUAUUUCUCAACUUCCUGGAAUAAAUGUAAUCAGUGUCUAA